AUGUCACCCUCCAUAUUAAACAAAUUCGACGCCAGCCUGAUCAAUACGUUGCAUGGUCGGAAAUAUUCGAUCAACGUGUCAGGAGCUCGACGAAAGUUGCUGUUUUACUGGGGCUCCGUGGGCUCAAAUAUAAAUACUCGUGGGACUGCCUUUGAAGUCUCAACUUCUCCUCGGCUGAUUGAUUUCGGUGAACUCGUGAAAACCCGAAUAAGACUUGACGAGGAUAAGGAUACUAGCGUCACCCACAUCGCAAGUGGUUGGGCCCACUCUCUCAUCGCCUUUAAAUCUAGUGAAAGCAAAAUUACAAAGGUGUUUUCAUUAGGCCUGAAUUCUUUUGGACAAUUAGGCCAUGGGGCGAUAAGUGAUAAGUAUUUUUGUGAUGGGCCCGUCGAAGGACUACCACAAGUCUACAAGGUAGUAUGCGGGUUCGAUCAUACUAUCUUGUUGACCGAAAAUGAUAAUCUUUAUUCGAUGGGAUGGGGUGCCGAUGGACAGCUUGGUUUGGGGAAUGGCAAUACCUUGGAUCGAUCGGUUCCUUCUUUGAUUCCAAAAUUCCAUAGUUCUCCCAUUCGCAAGAUUGCAUCCACCGCCGACUUCACUUUCGCUUUGUUGGACAAUGGUCAGCUGUGGAGUUGGGGAAACUCCGAAUAUGGGCAGUGCAUGACAGGAAAAAAGGUUAACAAGAUCUUGGAACCAAGAAGAGUUCUUGUCGAGCAUAAGAUAGUCGAUGUUGGAGCCGGUGGCUCCUUUGGCGCAUACGUGACUGAUGCCGGUGAAGUGUACACAUGUGGCUACGGCGCAUUGGGAUUGGGUGACCGUACGAUCGAUUCCUUGAGGCCGACCCGUAUACCCGACCUAAAUAAUAUCCAAAAGAUUUACUGUGCCGCGGAUUACACUGCGGCGAUUUCAGCAUCGGGAGAGCUGUUUACGUGGGGCAGCGGCAGUCCUUCGGGAAGAUUAGGACUCGGCCAUAUGAAAAAUCAGUUUCUGCCAAUGAAAGUCAUGUUUCCUCAGGACGUGAUUGUUGAACAGGUUGCGUGCGGAACAAAUCAUGCUAUCGCUCUCUGCAUAGAGCGUUAG